AUGCCUUGGUGGAACCCACGAAGAGCGAGCCUGGUUUUGACGUUCAGCUUGGUGGCGUUGAGGCCCACACUUCACACUUGGGUGCUCAGCUGGCAUCAAGUGAAGCGUGUGGCAACCGCUGCCCGAGCUGCCCCGACCCGUGCGGGUCCGGGUCCCUUGCGGCACCUGGUCGAGGCGCAGCCAGAGCUCCGAGGCACCAAAGUGGGCGGAGAGGAUGCGCCAGUGGUCUUCUUGCUGGCACCACCCUCGGAGCACCUCACGAGCUACAUCUCGGAGGACCCAGAAGGUCCCUUCUUGGGCACCUCAGAGUGGCCAGAUCGUCUCUAUGAAGAUGUGGAUGGCAAGAAUGAACCAGACGAGGAGGAGGAUGCUCCUGGAAACUGGAAGAGCUGGAAUUUUCAGUUUUCAAAGCGAGAGCCUUUUAUGUUGAAAGCAGAUUGGCACUCUGUGCCGGGCUGGGGAGCAACCUUCGACAUCUUUGUCCCACGGAAGAACAAGGUCCUUCCCGUGCGACAGGCACCUCCCCGUGUGUUGGCCUUCCUCGAAGCCUUCCGGACGGUCAAUGAGGAGUUGUGGCUGGAGAUGACGGAGAGUCUCAAAGUCUUGCGGGACCAAAAGCCCGAUGAUAUUCCCAGGACGCGGCUCUUGGAUCUUCUCAUCGAGGACUUCGAGGAGCGUGGCUUCUUCGGGGCCAUCGAAGCGCAGGCGGGCCCUGGGCGAAGAAAGGAGAUGCAUUGGCAUAAGGAUGGCGCCACAGGGCUUUUGCACAUGGGGAUCACUUUGCAGGGCCAGCGGCGUUUGAGGCUGCGGGCCUGGACGGACGAAGCCUGGGAACAGGAGGUCUUCAUGAGCGCCGGCCAUAUCUACCUCUCAUCUCCCUUUCUCUUCGAGCACCAGGUCACCUACCGUGAGGAUCCCACGGUGGCUUUGAUGUGCCGCUUUGGCUUCCUGGAUGAGGAGCAGGCCUUGUGGGUGAACCACCUCCGUGGCCGCGACAUGUUUGAGGCGAGAGGCGAUCAGAAACGAUGGUUUUCGUAUGGUUUUCUUCUCGUUUUUCCCAGUUGGUUGGUUUCUUUUCUUCGGUUCUUCGGUUUCCUUUUGGGUAGCAGCCAGUAG